AUCCUGAAAUAGUCCGCUAUGACGUCAUUUCAGGAAGUAAAUAAAAGGAAACUGAGUCGAACAUCUUCGGUGUUUUUGUGUCGAACAUGUCGGUUUCCAACCCGAGGCAGACGUUUGUGAACCCGGUGAUCCCCUUCGCCGGUACCAUCCUGGGCGGUCUGUCACCAGGAGAGAUGGUUCUGAUCCAGGGUUCGGUCCCGCCCACUGCUGACAGGUUCCAGGUAGACCUGGCCUGUGGCAGUAGUGUUUCUCCCAGGGCAGACGUGGCGUUCCACUUCAACCCUCGCUUCACUCGCUCCUCCAUCGUCUGUAACUCCCUACAAAAGGAGCGCUGGGGGCGGGAGGAGAUCCAUCACCUGAUGCCCUUUAGCCCCGCCUCCGACUUCGAGCUCAUCAUCCUGGUCCAAUCGGACUCGUUCAAGGUGGCGGUCAACGGCGCCCACGUCCUUCAGUACAAACACAGACUGGACCUGGACCGGGUCGACACCCUCCUCAUCCACGGAAAGGUCAAAGUUCAGGCCAUCGGCGUCCUUCCCAGCCAGAGUCCAGUUCGUUCUGAGGCCGAGGUGGGCGCCCGCCGGACGGAGCUGAAUCCGAUUAUCUCAUCAUCAGGAGACAUGUCGGUUCCGUUCAGAGGUGAACUGGUUCCAGGACUCAGCGUCGGACGCAGCAUCACAGUGAAAGGACUAACCAAUCACAACGCACAGAGUGUGUGUGUGAACCUGCGGGUCCAGAACAGCAGUGACAUUGCCCUCCAUCUGAACCCUCGUCUGAAUAAACAGCUGUUUGUGCGGAACUCCUUCCUGUCGGACUGCUGGGGUCCAGAGGAAAGCGGCCUCAGCUCCUUCCCCUUCUGCUCUGGACAGUACUUCGAGAUGAUCGUCCUGGUUGAAGCUCAUCAGUUCAGAGUGGCCGUUAACGGAGUCCAUCAGCUGGACUACAAACACCGGGUCCAGGACCUGAGCACCAUCGCCCAGGUGGAGGUUCUGGGAGACCUGACGCUGGAGGACGUCAGACUGCUGUGACCUGUGACCCCUGAGCCCUGACCUCUGACCCGUCACCACCCGUCUGCUUUAAAGACUCUGAAUGCAAACAGUAACUGUCUGCGUUUGUGUCCAAAUAUGGACAAUAACUGACAAUAAUCCAUCACUAAUAAAGCUCAUUUCCAGUGUCUUCUGGAUUCAACUCCAUGUCUGGAACAUUUUUUUGGCUG